CAUUAUCAUCCGACAAGAAGAAGGAUCUGAUGUUUUCCAUGGUUUUUGUGUAUUAUACAUACUCACUGAUGGCAGACUUAAGUGGAAACUGUUGAUUCCUAUAAAGUCGGUCUGACAACUGGGUAACGCAUCUACCUAUCCCACUUCACGAUGAAGUCAUGCUGAGAGUUUUAUCCGCUGUGAGGACAUGUUAUGAUUUAAUCACUGAAGGAGAAAACAGGAGGAUGACUUAAUACACCUGCCCUUUGCACGACAGGAAAUAAUCAUGGAUGGUGUAUGUGCACAUAUAAAACUCCAACAGAACAUCCUUCACACAUAGGAGUCAGUUCCAUGAUGAUUAAUUGGGAUUCUAUGAGGAAAGAAAUAUCAUAAUGGUAUAUUAAAGAAUUCCUUCACAUUUCAAAUUUAUUACACUAUUCUGACUCAUCUACGACCCGCAGAGGGAACUUAUUCGUCAGGAUGAUUUCUUGAAAUUUGUUUCUACAUUCUUGAGGGUUACAAGUUCGUUGUUUGGAUGUGUUUGUUUUGGGAAAAUAUUUUCUGUUGCUGAUUUGUGUUCUUUACCAUCAAUGAUGUGUGCUUAACAGACUGUUUUCGGUGGAGCAUCAAAGUACCAGGUAUAAAACAACCAGAGCACGUUGAUGACAGAUGCAGACAUUGUGGAAUACUUCUGGAUUUGUUUUACAAAACAAUUGACCAAAAACUGAAGUGCAUGUCGUACACGGGAUCUCUAUGUGUUGAAAUCAUUGAACGAUAAGUGAUUUCAUGAAUCUGAUUUCAAAAAGAAAAUACCUGGAUAUAACCUCAGCUGAUACUUUGGAAUUGUAAACUCUCCACUGAUCCCAGGGAUAUGUGAUAUGUGCUUGAAUUAUAUGUAAAUACCUUUUGCAGUUUUAAUGUCAGAACAACAGGCAACUGAAACACCAAUCUUGUUAUCCUGUCUGCGAUACCAUCAUCAGCAACAUCUUCAGCUCACGUUCACCCUCAUGUCCAGUAUUUUUACCUCUAAUACCUGUUCAGACCUACUACAAGAGGCCAUCCUUUUCUCUGAGACCAUCUCAAAGAGUCUUCUUGCAGACUUGAAAACAAGAACUGCCAGAAAACUGUAAAAGGCCUUUUAUGUAUUUGCAAACUCGUGUCUGCCUGGAUUCUAUUGGGGAGGCUUGAGUGUGUGUUCAGCCCCUCCACUUUGAGCGGACCUCAGCCCGGACACCUCUGCAUCACCCUCCCACCCCCAUCCCGAUAUCUCCUAAAGUGUGCAUUGAUUGUAAAGAAACACCAGGUUCACACUCCUUGUAACCUGUAGCCUCCUCUGCCCUCAGCCUGCUACCGUCCCCUGCUUGCAAGCAAAUCUGCGAGCAACCGUUGCCUCGAGAGACUGGCUAUUGAUGUUCCCAGGAAUCAACGCUCUGUCGGCCCCUUUAAUGACUACUGCAUAUGUUGCAGCAGCAGCACCCAGGCAUGGUAUAUAGGCGUUGAAUACGACUCUGCUGGCGAUACAAGCUGGCAUUGAUAGAAGCUGCCUAUGCUUGGCAGAGACAGGCAGAUUCAUGUUAUCAGAUUGCUCAAUAAUAAGAUCCUGAUCGGAGUGCUUGAUAGCAGCAUAUGUGAAAUCGGCCCUACCUGUAUAAGCGCUUCUGAUUGGAGGAGGAGACAAACAGGGGUGUGGCUUUAAGGCAAAGUUUGAAUGAUUUCAUGCUUUUUUGAAAAGCAAUUUAUAAAGGUGGAAACGUUUGAAAACUUGAAAAUCAUUUGAAAAUCAUUUAGUUCAAGAAUUGUAUUGAGGUUGCAGUUAGUGACUGAUUUGUUUUGAGGAGUGUUCUCACUGUAGAAGGCUGCAUGUGAGAGAAAGUCUUUUGCUCUGGAGUGUUGUGGACAGGAUUUCGAGACAAUUUACAAAUCCAACUAAAGACCAUUUUUGAUUUUACUCCCAGUGAAGAAGAUUGUCACAAGAUUGUGCUGCAAGUGUUUUCUUCUAGCUUCUGCAGAACUGACAGUUGUGUUCUAUUGUCUCCAAAUAUUGAGCCAGCGGAGACAAAUAAAGACACAGUUUGACAUUUGGAUGCGCCGUCAAGUCGGAUGGCACCAAAGCUUGAUCGGUCUGUAGGAGAAUAGCAUCCGACUGCUGACAGGGAACGUCGUUGUUGUGAUUUUACCUUGCAGUCUUGUGAAUAACACCACACAGACACUGUUGUAUUGAGGCCUUUUCCCACAACAGACCGGCCAUUGUGAUAUGUGUCAACUAUAAUCCAUAGAUUCAAGAUAUGAGUGGAUGACAGCCUUGGCUAUGUUCCUGUCCCAGUGAGGGAUUACAGAGUUGUCUGCCUGCUGUGACCUUCACCUUGUCCACGAUGACAACCUACUCGGGUCACAACACAACUGGGAGUUUCCUCCACAUUGCCUUCUCCCCUUACAGUCCAUUAACAACAGUCAGCCCCAACAUGACCACAGAACCAACUCAAGGAUCUGAGGGUCCAAACUGCACUGCAAAAUACAUCCCUGGCGUGCUCAGCGAAUCAGCCGCAAUCGGCCUGGAGUCCUUUAGCAGCAGCUACGGACACUAUCAUGGUUAUGUCAGUGCCAUAGUGUGCUUCUUCGGUAUGAUGGCAAACAUUGCAAACAUCAUUGUGUUGACUCGCAAGAAUAUGAUCUCGUCCACAAACACGAUAUUGAUGUGGCUGGCUGUUGCUGAUCUGCUGACGAUGAUGUCCUAUUUCCCUUUCGCCAUCCACUUUUACAUCCUGCGCGAUCCACAGCUUCCAAUGUUCCACACUCUCUAUCAUGGCUGGAUUUGGUUUCUAAUGUUUCAUGCUAACUUCAGCAUUGUGUGUCACACUGUGGCAAUAUGGCUGACGAUUGCUCUUGCUAUAUUCCGUUACAUUUACAUAUGUAUGCCCACAAGAGGCAUGGUGUACUGUAGUCUAAGACGUGCAAAAAUUACAAUAUUUGUAGUUUAUUUUCUGACUUUUAUCAUCUGUAUUCCAAAUUAUGUCAUUAAUCGUAUACAUGAAAUGACACGAGAGAAGAUGCACAUGACGUAUGGUAUACCGAUGCCGGAAGCAGGCAACGGAACCGGAAACCAUACCCAGGAUCUUGUGUAUUCUCCGUAUCAGUGGAGGGAAUCGGAAGUUGCCGAGGUCAUUCUACAGAUCAACAAUUGGAUCCAGGCAAUCUUUAUCAAACUGAUUCCAUGUGUUAUGCUGAUGACACUCACAAUUCUGCUCGUCCAUGCCAUGCACAAAGCCUACCGCAAACGCAUGAGGUUAAAAUCGGAAGGACGCAAAGCCGAGUCGGACAAACAUGGUGAACACAAUCGUACAACUGGGAUGUUGCUGGCUGUGGUGGCGUUGUUCAUGAUCACCGAGUUACCACAAGGCCUUCUGUCUCUGAUGAAUAUCUUCAUCCCUUGUUUUCAGGACAUGGUGUACAACAGGCUCGGGGACCUCCUCGACAUCAUGGCUCUCCUCAAUAACUCUAUCAACUUUGUCCUGUACUGUACAAUGAGCAAACAGUUCCGAGACACCUUCAUGGAAGUCUUCUGUAAAGUCUGCACCAAAAACAAACCAGGCUGGCUCAAACUAAAGGUGGUCUCUUCCACCAAUGGGAACUCAAGAUCCUCUGAAACUACCAAUCAUACACAUGUUUAAUGGUCACUUGCUGAUCAGUAAAGACAGAGAUCAUUCUAUUGCUUCAUCAGUGAGAUCUCUGAGGUUUGCAAGAAGAAUAGUGGAACCAGGAAGCUUUGGUAAAUGGAAGUGGUUUAUAGUCUGGUUGCCGUGGUUGCUGUUCCUGGAUGCUGUUGUUGCAGAUGUCAGGUAUGGGAACAGUGCAAGAAAAUGGUAACCAGUGAACUGUGGAACUGUAGUCUGUUCAGUCGGAAGGAAGAGGUCACUGGUUACCAUGGUUACUGUUCCUGGAAGCUGUUGUUGCAGAUGUCAUGUAUGGAGACAGUGUUCACUUGGAACUUGAUGUCAGAAAUAAAAUUAUGGAUUGAAAGGUCACAGCAGUGAUAUAAAUACUUAGCUAGAUUGUGUUUCCUGUUUGGAGCAUCAAGUGACAAUGAUCUUACAGUUGUAUGUAAGCAAGAAUUAGCCUUGAACUUGGACAAUGAAUAAUGAAUGAAUUUUGUGUUGCCAGUCUGCUGGGCUCCCUUGAGGUGGUAGACAUGUGGAUGCAAUCCGAUUCAUUUUGUAACCAGAGUGUGUACAGUGGACCCUGAUGUAUGAAGAUUAGUGAUGAAUUGAUGGCAGCCUGACCUGAUGCACUGUCAGUGGAAGCUGGUUAUUUCUGGCAGGCUUGGAAAGUGAUAGCUUACUUCUGAUGAUUGAAACUGUUUUCAAAUAAUUUGUCAGAACUAACGACAUGAUGUUUUGAUGAGGACUUGUGGAGCUCCUAUUGACCUUGGAAUUUACCAGAUUGUUUGUUGAUUCCACGGAUCAGAGAGAUGUAGAGGAACUGAUGUGUACAGAGGACUGAGUGACUGGUUCAUGUGAUGGUUAUGUGAUCAAGUUCUUCAGUUCCACUGUCCCACAAAGCACUGUCCACUUCAUGGACGGGUUGGGAUUGGUAAGAAAAUACUGUAUCCUGUGUCCAGACUGUACAGGUGUAAACUAAAAAGGAUGUUAACCAGUUGCUUACAGACUUGAAGAAACAUUGUCCAAAUGAACAUGUCCCUAACCUGCUGCCAUGGUCCAGGAGGAGAGUCUGUGACUGAUUGGGUGGGAACAAUGUCCUGCCCGGCAGGUAUCCCUGAAGUCCCUGCCCUGAUACUCGCUGCCUCUACAUGGUAACAGUAAAGCUCUUCUCACAGUGUUACUGUGGUGGAUAACACCAUAUGACCCCUUGCUGUGUUCUGUUACCUGAUAGAGCAACAGGAGGUUGGACUGGACUUCAGGGAUUUCUGCCAGCAAUAAAGUCAUGCCUGGAAUGAAAGUCGGCCUUUUGUAUCAACAACAAAUGUUUGAAUGAUGAAGAAUAAGUUUGUUUUGACUAUAGUGGCUUCUUCAAACAAGACUGUUUGACUGGGAUAUAGUUAAUCUCAACAGAGAAUUCUGCUGGCAACAAGAAAAGUUCAUCUUAACAUGAAGGCUUCUGUCAGCAACAAGACUGUUUGACUGAGAUAAAGUUCAUCUCAACAUGGAUGAUUUAGUCAGCAACAAGACUGUUUGAUUGAGAUUAAGUUCAUCUUAACAUGAAGGACUCUGUCAACAACAAGACUGUUUGACUGAGAUAAAGUUCAUCUCAAUAUGGAUGAUUUAGUCAGCAACAAGACUGUUUGAUUGAGAUUAAGUUCAUCUUAACAUGAAGGAUUCUGUCAACAACAAGACUGUUUGACUGAGAUAAAGUUCAUCUCAAUAUGGAUGAUUCAGUCAGCAACAAGACUGUUUGAUUGAGAUUAAGUUCAUCUUAACAUGAAGGACUCUGUCAACAACAAGACUGUUUGACUGAGAUAAAGUUCAUCUCAAUAUGGAUGAUUCAGUCAGCAACAAGACUGUUUGACAAGGAAGGAACAUGUUUUCCCGACUUCAGAAAUGAGACUUGUUUGACUUUGUAAGUUCAUUGUGAUUGUUGACUUCUGACAGAAACAGAACUGUUUGACUGGGAUUUAGGUCACCCUAAUUUGGUGACUUUUGCAGAAACAAGACCAUUUGAACUAGCACCAGCGAUUUUCAACCAGUUGAACUGUAGAGAUCAGCAGUUGUGUUAAAAUGAGGUCAAAUGUUUGUGCAUGCUUUCAAUAUCAAGACCUACUAGUGAUACAGAGGUUUAAUAAAUGAACCGAGUUUAUAGGAAAAUCAUGCCAGUGAGUGGGAAGCUAAAAACGGGGGAUACCGUGGGCCAUUUGUACCCCCAAAACAUAAUGGAAAGUAUAUUUUAAGCAGUAGCCGUAGCAGAUUUCACUCUUGAGUGUUGAGAAAUAAUUGUAAAUAGAUAUAGGUUGGCGUGUUGUUGUGUAUGUUCUAAAAUAGAUCAUGAUCAUGUUUGUGUUAUGGAUAUUAUUUAAAGAUGCUGAUAAUAAGCUAAGUACAUAAUUUUCUGUUGUUAUCCAAUCGUUAUCAAAAUUAUGUACAUUAUAAUUUAAAAACAUAAAAAGUGAAGUCCAGUUUUAAAUUACUUCUGAAAUUUGAAUUUAUCCGAAGUUGUGCACAUUUGAUUUAUUUAUGAUUACUGCAUGUAUUGUUAUCUUACUUAAGUAUUACUCGCUCUAUAAGUUAUUGGUCACAAUUUCUUAAUCUCUACUGAGCAAGCUCAAUUAUAUGUUUGAUACUUGAACAGGUUCAUCAAUACUGUGUGUAUAGCAGUGGUGAAGAUGGCCCAUAGUGGGGGAUUUUAUGGCACUUCCCUGACUUACUCUUAGCAAUAAGACAUUUCCUUCUGGACGACUUGUAUAGAAAUCUAAUAGUCGAUGUGUCAGAUAUGUCUAAUUUUACUUUUUACAUAUUUGAUGGUCUUUAUUUUGGGGGAUAUUGUGAAAUAUUCAAUUUGUUUUGAAAAGUGAUUUUGAAAAUAUUGCCAUUGAUGCAUUUUCACACACGUAUCAAAUAUUUUAUUUAGGAUUUCAUCGGAGGUUUUUGGUUAAAAUUGUAUGAAAAUGCACUUGUACAGAAAAUACUAUGUUGAAAUUGAUUUGAAUGGUCAUAAAUUCUACUCUAUUUUCAAAGAAUUUAUCAUUUUUAGAAAAUCAGCAAUACCAAUUUUUUCACACUUCUAUAACUAGUCAUUAUGUUUGGAGUUUAUUUGUUUAAUGAUUAUUUUAGAAUUUUUUGUUUAUCUUAAAUUGCUAACAACUGAUUAUGAACUAAUUUUCUUGAUACAUUUCAUCAAUAUUGGGCAAUAUGAAAUAGUAUUUAUUUGAACUUGACAAGUUACAUAUCACCUGUGUAUAUAGUUUGUCAAUAGCAUGUAUCUAUAUAGUCCAUCAGAAUAAUUGUGUGAUGCUGUUUUUAUUUAUUUAUGUUUCUUUUAUAAUUUGAGGCAGAUGAAACUUGGAAAGGAUGAAAUCUGUACUUAUCAAUACAUCAGCCGAUAUAACUUUAACAUGUUUUUGUGAAAAAGAACAAAUAGAAAACUCAUCCAAACCUAUAUUUUCAAAAUAACCAAGUCACCAGUUUUCUGUCUUUAUAGGCAGUGAUCUGAACAAAAUGAACAAACUUGGCAGGUGGCCCAGUCGUUAUCUAUGACAGAACAAUUUGAUGUGCAGAGUUGCCUCCCUUUGGCAUGACAUACACAUAUGAUCAUGGGUCGAAUCCCAGAUUUACACUGAUUGUGUUUCUAGGUUUGUCACUACCAUCCCUGAACUCAUGGGUUUCAAUAUGCUGGUAAAAGUCUAGAUCGCAUCAUUUCGAUGUGUCCUCUCACGUCACGUCAGGCUGCAAGCUGUGAUGUAACUGAUAUACUGUCACACCCUGCUGACUCACUCAUCCCACUUCAUUGAACAUCUCUUAUGUGUGCAGAAAGAACUGACAAUGUCUAUGGUUUUGGUCAUUAGAACAAAUAAAAAAAAAACAGAACUCUUGCGAAUACAAAACCUCUAUUACAUCAUUGCCAUAAAUCCUCAUUGCAAACAUUUAUUUCUUAGUAAGCAGAAAGGGGGCACGGGUGGCCCAGUCAUCUAAGGCGCCGCGAUUCGCUGUGCAGAAUUUUGUCCCUUGGGCACGCCAGAAACCUAUGAUUGUGGGUUUGAAUCCCGUUUCGCCCCAAUUAU